AAAAAACUUUGUAAUGCCCGAACAACCUACAUGUAUCAAAUAAAAGUACUUAUUUUACCACUGAGCCUAAAACAAAUUCAUGAAGUGAUUUAUUACGCCUGGAAAAUCCAAUCAUUUCUUGCGAUUACAAUCAUUUUUGGCUGAGAUGGUUUUUUCUAAUCACCUUUUUUGCCAAAUCGCUUUUUGCCUUUAGACCCUUUCAAAAUCGAUGGAAAGCAAUCGAACCCAAAUUCUUUCAUCUCAGAAUCAAAACUUUCUGGGUUCACUUCCGUGUUGCUACUGAACGUCGGAAUCAGAACUCAGAGAACAUGGACCGGAGAGAAGACGAUCAACAGAAGCGCGACGAUUCCAGAUUCAAUCAGACACUCAAGAACGUCCAGGGAUCUGUAACUCUGUUACGCUACUGUGAAUCACCGAAUUCUGGGGGUUUCUUAAAGGUAGGAGUAUUCCUGGUAAGUAAGCUACGAUCAAACUCCAGCGGUGAAAGGAUAGCGAAAGAAGUCCAGAACAUGAAGAUAGGUGUUAGAUCAAGUGACACUGCAAGAGUUAUGAAGUUCAACAAAGUGCUUUCAGAAACUACUGUCAUUUUAGAGAAACUGCGCCAGUUAGCGUGGAAUGGUGUGCCACACUAUAUGCGCCCUGAUGUCUGGCGACUUCUCUUGGGAUAUGCACCACCUAAUUCAGAUAGAAGGGAGGCUGUUCUGAGAAGAAAACGUCUUGAAUAUCUUGAAUCUGUUAGCCAGUUUUAUGACCUUCCAGAUUCCGAACGUUCUGAUGAUGAGAUCAAUAUGCUUCGCCAGAUUGCUGUUGACUGUCCAAGGACUGUACCAGAUGUCAGUUUUUUUCAGCAAGAACAGGUGCAGAAAUCAUUGGAGCGUAUUCUUUACACGUGGGCCAUUAGGCAUCCAGCGAGCGGAUAUGUUCAGGGAAUAAAUGAUCUGGUCACUCCCUUUCUAGUUAUAUUCUUGUCAGAAUAUCUAGAAGGCGGUGUAGACAGUUGGACAAUGUCCGAUCUAUCUGCUGAGAAAGUCUCAGAUGUAGAAGCAGAUUGCUACUGGUGCUUAACAAAGCUACUUGAUGGUAUGCAAGAUCAUUACACCUUUGCUCAACCUGGAAUCCAGAGACUUGUGUUUAAGCUAAAGGAAUUGGUCAGGCGUAUUGAUGAACCUGUUGCAAGACACAUGGAAGAGCAAGGACUAGAGUUUCUUCAAUUUGCUUUCCGGUGGUAUAACUGUCUUCUGAUACGUGAGAUCCCUUUCAGUCUCAUAAACCGCCUAUGGGACACUUAUCUUGCUGAAGGAGAUGCAUUGCCUGACUUCCUAGUGUAUAUAUAUGCUAGCUUUCUCUUGACGUGGUCGGAUGAGCUGAAGAAGCUGGACUUUCAAGAGAUGGUAAUGUUCCUGCAGCACCUUCCUACACAUACAUGGACAGACCAAGAGCUGGAGAUGGUUUUGUCAAGAGCUUACAUGUGGCACAGUAUGUUCAACAAUUCCCCGAACCAUUUGGCUAGCUGAAUUUGGAUUUUCCUCGACUGUUUUUCCUUGGUUAUAUUUAUGUUCUUCUUCUUGUCGAAAUCAGAUUUUUUUUUUUUUUUUGGGUUUUCUAUGGUAAAUGCUAACGUUCUUGUCUUGUUAAUUGUUUCACGCGUCACUUGUUGAAUCUGUCACCAACUUGUGCUUGUGUGUUUGUAAUAUUUGUAGCUUUCAUCAAUUUGGCUGUCUCGGUAACUUUUUAUUAGUUCAUGUAAAUUUCUUCCUUUCCCAACUUACAGUAUUUAGAUCUGAGAUGGAUAAAUGAUAAAUGAUAAAUCUCACUCUGUA